UUGGACCAAAACACGAGGACGGCAGUGAGUUAGGACGGCUGAGCUGAACGCUGUAGUAUGACAGCCGAGGCGUCGCGCUUGCUAUCAGAGAAUGCCACGGCAGGCGAAGCCUUCCCAUUUGCUAAGUUCGAGCGACAAAAUAGGUCUCGUCUCAUUAAGGGGUUUCAUUUUUUAGUCGUAACACAUAACUGCAGUUCAUGCUAGAGAUCCUCCAAAAAUGCCAGCGGGAGUGAAUGCGCAAGCUGCUGGGAUCCCUAUGUCCGAUGCUAUGGGGUCUUUCAAGAGGAGGAAGAGAAAGUCCAUUACAGUGACUGCGUUGUUGUUUGUAGUGUCUAUACUUAUACUAAUCUUUGGCUUGGCUGCCACCACAAGGACAAAGAACAUCACAGUUGGAGGCUACUAUCCUGGAGUCAUUCUGGGUUUUGGCUCCUUUCUCGGAAUCAUUGGGGCUCAUUUAAUUGAGAAUAAAAGGCAGAUGCUGGUAGCUUCCAUCGUCUUCAUCAGCUUUGGUGUGGUGGCUUCAUUAUGUUGUGCUAUAGUGGACGGCGUUUUUGCUGCAAGACACAUAGACCUCCGACCUGUUUAUGCUGGUCGUUGUGAAUACUACUCCAGUGUAACAGCCUUUGAUUUGGACGUUCACUGCCAGACAGCAUCACGUGCAUCAUGUAACCUGCGUGUGAAGAGUAAGACAUGCUACUGCUGUGACCUCUACAACUGUGGGAAAGAACAUCCUCUUUUGGGACUUCAGAGUAAAGAUGUUUUGAAAAAAUUUAGGAAAACCUCCAUGAAUUGGAACCAUGUUGACCCCAGAGGCGGCUACCAUGAGUACACAGAUGUGCAGAGUUGCCAAGAUGUUGUGUACCUUUACCACCUGUUGUGGUCUGCCACCAUUCUCAACAUCAUUGCCUUCUUCCUGGGUAUCAUCACAGCAGCAGUGCUCGGAACCUUCAAGGACAUGAUGCCAACUGCUGCCCCUGACACAUGUGAACCAGACUCUCUGGCUACCCCAGCAGCCCCUGAGACUCAUGCCCCAACCACCCCCAACUCCUUCUACAACACUGCCCCCUGCCUGCCACCUUAUACUGCCUAUGACCUCCAGGUUUCCAACAUGUUUCCUGACUCUUCUGGCCUGUCUGAUGACUCGCAGUCUGGAGCCAGUCACAUGUGGCCCACUAUGAUUCCUCCACGCUAUUCUCCUCCUUAUUAUCCACCUGAUGAUAAACCUCCACCAUACAGUCCUUAAAGGACACCAGAAAGAGUCAUGGUAUCAGUGACAAUAUGCCCUAGGGAUUGUGGUGCGAAUGGGCAUACAUAUCUUAAAAAAAAACAAACGAUCCUGCUGCUGUGGAGGGCCAUUGCACAGGCAGUCCUGCGAUGAUGCAAUGUCUGCUGAAUGCAGGCAGAUCAUAGAAGAAGCGGAAUGUUCAUCUCUACAGAGCAAAUCUACGCAGUUGUCCUGUUUAGGCACACUAGGCAGCCUCAUGACUCCAUGCUAUAACUAACAUCAAGACUGUUCACAAAUAUGCCUUAAAAGUGUCAUUAUGCUCCUGUCAUGAGUCUUGUCUGUGAGCUGUUUGGACACAGUGACUCUGCCACCAUGCAUCUCCCUUGCCAUACUAAGAGAAUGUUUCCAAAGUGGCACAGUGUGUGCUGUUUGUUUUUGGCUCACCUUAGCCAAAGAGGAAUGAGGAGUCUUGUAUUUAUGUAUGUAUUGUCUUAUUCAUUUGCACUUUAUUGUACCUGAAUAUAACUGUAAAAGAACGAUCUACAUAAUCCUUCCUUGUCAGUUCGGGCAGCUAGAAAUAAGCUUACGGAGCCCAAAGCAUACUUCUGUCGAAGCAGGAUGCAACACGGAAAACAUGGCAGUUUUAUUUAAUACCUCACCCGGGUACAAAUAAUAUGAAUUGUGCAAUCAUAUUAUCUUCAAUCACCUGCAGUGUAAAUUUCCUUUUCCUGAUUUGUGAAUAAUCCAAUUACAAUGACAGAUUUCAAAAUGGGAGAAAACAACUUGUACAUGCAGAUAGAUCUUUAGAUCGCCUCUGACAGUUGUCUCAGGUUUGUAAAUAUAGACUUGCAACACUUACUGAAAAGUGACAACACGAAAUAUUUCAGAACAUUAAACAUGAGAUGCAGAUUCCAUAUGGGGUCAUUAAAACUAACAUUUGUUACUGCAGUGACGAUGUAAACUACACAUAAUCUGUACACUUAAGCUGUUCAUGUAUGACGUAGUAUUACGUUUGAAGUACAGGAACAGUUCAUACUGCCUUCUCUUAGUGUACAUUUAAUCAUAUCUUAAAAGGUGUCUAUUCACUGUGAUUAGUGAUGAGUCUAUAGCUUUAGAUGUACUUGAUGUUUUUUUUUAUUAUUUUAAGCGAAUGUACAAAUCUGUUAGCAAAAUCUGUAAAUGGCAGAAAAAAAAAUUAACAGGAAUCACAUACGAUCCGUUCUGUGUGUUUAAAAUAUAUUUUAUGUGUAUAAAUAUGAUCUUUGUACUGCAGAGUUGGUGGAUUCAAACAAAAACAGACCCGACAAUGUAGAGCAGCACCUUCUGUAUACUCAGACUUGCUAGAUUAUUCAACUUAGUAGCUCAGAAAUUCAAUGCUAGACACAACCACGAAGAAUGACUGCUGGAGAAAAAUGUUCACGUAAUUGACAGCGAUGAGAAAUAAGUACUCUAAAGGUUUAUUUCACAUUGUACAGCACUAAGACCUAAUAAAUAUAGCUGAACAAAUUAGAAACAAUUAAAAUGGUCUUUAGUAGUACAAAUAUUUGUUAAGAUGUAAGAUUAACAAAUGUUAGAGCACUCACUUUCUGACUGUAGCAAUAUUGAGUCACAUGUUCAUCCUACUGUCCAAACCAUUACCCACUAACUAGAAUACAAUGGAAUACAUAUGUAUAUGUAAGAAGGAAAUAUAGAAAAGCACGGGGGGGUGGGGGGGUAGCAGAAACCUAUCUAUUACUCCUCCACUUACAGUUAGAUAAUGGUCUGCUGAGCAGAGGCUCACCCAUUUACUUCAUUAAUUCACAAUAAUUCGUGAUUACAAUCUUGGUGGAAAUGACCACAGCCUUAUAUGGCCAGCAUAU